AAAUUAUAAUAUUUGUAGUCUAGAAUUUUAUUAUAAAAUACAAAAAUGAAUACAAAUAAGGCAAAGUUGUCGAAAAGUAUAUUAGAAAUGAAAUUUAUGAAACGAACUAAAGAAAAAAUAGAAAAAGAACAGUUUCAAGAAGAAGGUGAAGAAUAUUUUGGAAAUGAAUUAACAAAACGUAUGAAACAAGAAUCAGAAAGAUUCAUCAUUGAACCUAGUUAUACCUUCUGUGAAAAAUUAAUUGAAGGUAGGGUAAGUUUUCAAGGAAUGAAUCUAAAAAUAGAAAAAUUAAUGGAAGAAAAAGAGAAUGAUAAUACUUUAGAAGAAACAAGUAAAGAAACAGAUAUUUCAGAUGCACAAAUGACACAAGAUUGGAAAGGGUAUAAGAAAAAGAUAACUGAACAUAAUUAUAAAUUGUCAAAAGAAAGUAAUAAUGAUUUUGAACCAAUAGUAAAAAAACCAAAAUUUUUAAGACCUCAAGAUUAAAUA